ACUUCCUUAAAUUUUAUGCUUAAAGCUUCAUACUCUUUCCUAAUAAAACAUAUGUAGGGGCACCUGGGUGGCUCAGUCAGUUAAGCAUCCAACUCUUGGUUUCGGCUCAGGUCAUGAUCUUGAAAUCGUGAGAUUGAGACCCAUGUUAGGCUCUGUGCUGACAGCGCAGAGCCUGCUUGGGAUUCUCUCUCUCCCUUCUCUUUCUGCCCUCUCUCUCUCUCUCAAAUAAAUAAACUUAAAGAAAUAAAUAAAAGAUAUGUAUAUGCUCUUGAGUACACAAUAAGUUUUGAGGAACAUUUUUUUAUCUGAAAGGAAGUUUCUUAGAAUCGUUGUUCAAGAAAAUGCUAAAAGAUAAGUUUAUCAGUUUAUUUGGUGAUCAGUUUUGGUAUGAGCACACUGGUCCAGAAUGUGAUGAUUAUAUCAAAUUAGAAAGCAACGGUUAGUAGACCGAGGAAUAAGGUGACCUGGCAGAAAAACUGUUCUUUCCAGGCUGUGUUGACUGUCUGCGAAACACCUUUUUCAUUGCUUCUGUGAUGGUAGCCUUAAUAGUCUUCUUUCUAAUAAGCUAUGGGAAGAAAAUUUGAUAGAGUAAUGUUAUGUGCAAGUCCCUAACAUUUCUUACUUCUUCUUUCCACCAAACCACCCUUUUUCUUGAAUACUUUUAUACCAGUUUUAUAAACACAGGGCAUGUUAUGUGGAUAAUGAUGCCAAGGUAACCGCAACAAAAUUGAUUAGUGUCUGAAUCGAAAAAUUGAAUUUAUACCAGUACUUCUCUGUCUGAUUGUUUUGGAUUCAUUUGGUUGCCUUUAGUAUAUUUAGGUGUUUUAUUUUAAAUACCGUAAGAUUGUUCUGAGUUGACUUUAUCCAGAAUAUAGGUUCAUAUUCCUCCAGUCAAGGUGUGCUAAAAGCCUAUUGCCUCAUUUGCUUUCAUUUCAUAGAGAAUAAUAGACUAGCCUUGGAGAAACUGAGAACAGUUAUUCUUCAGACUUAAGUGACAGGUUUCACACUUUUAAAACAUUGCCAGUUUUCAACUUAAUUCAGUGAACACAGUAUUUCCUAAAGAAAAGUUUUGGGAGAGCUUUUGUGUUCCAGUUGUAUUUGCAUUAUUUUACUUUUUUAUAAUUUGUUUUAAUUUUUUUUUUGUAAUCUCUAUACCCAACAUAGGGCUCAAACUCAUGACCUCAAGAUCAAGAAUUGCACGCUCCUCCAGUCGAGCCAGCCAGGCGCCCUACAUUUGCCUUAUUUUAAAAUUUACUUUAUAUUUUAUUUAAAAUUUGUAAGAAUAUUGUAUUCUAAAUUCUAAAAUUCAUUCUGGUACAUUCUCUUGCCUUACUAUAGUGAAAGCCAGUAAACAGACUAGGAAAUGUUUGUUCCCUGUGUUAGGAUUUGACAGUAGAGUUAGAACAGUUAUUUUGGCCAGCUUUGGCAUAGUCACACCAUGCUUUCUUACCAGUCAGUCAGGUAUAAGUUGGAGGGGUACUAGUGGGGUUUUACAUUUUUCUAGGAGCUCCCAGAUUGAAGUCUCUCUUACGAGAAGAUGCUUAAAGUUUUUUAAAGGAGGUUAUGUAAUCUUUGAAGGAGCUAUUUAUAGCCUAGAAAAAUAUGUCCACUUAAAAAUAAGAUCCUUAUAAUUUUAUUUAGUUGUGUGUUCAGAUAGGAAGGAAACAUUUUCAACCAUACAGUUUGUGCUGAGGAAAUAUAAAUGACAAUAAUAUCAAGUACCACUUUAAGUGGUGUUUAGCCCUAAAGAAAAGAUAAAUGUAGGAAUUGCUGUAAUAUUUCAGAUCACAGUAACAUUCAUGGAAUCAUUGCAUUUGUUUUGAGUGCUAACAACCGUUGUUGCAUAUUUUUGCAAUCACUUGAGAACCUUCUGUGGUUGCUGGAAUGUUGCCGCUGUCACAUUCUGUUGGUAUAGAGUAAUGAACUAUGGAAUCAGUGACAAUCCAAGACAUGUAGGCUUGGAACUAGGCUAUCUGAGAACUCUACAGUGUGUUGAAGCAACACUUGACAUGGACCAGAAGACUCUGAAGAAACUGGUGGAAUCCAUUAGUAAUACUGUCAAGAACUUCAAAAAAAGUGAAGUAGAAUGUCUCAUAAGACUUUUUCACAGCUUGGUGGAAAGAGCUAAUGUAAGACUUAAUAACCUUGGGCUAGAUCGUAAUGCUUUUCGAGCGAUCCUGCACAGCGUAUUUGGAAUGACUGACGAUAUGCUAAUGAACAGGGUAUUUUUUGUGUUUGACAAAGACCACGAUAACUGCAUAAAUGUGAAAGAGUGGGUUAAAGGAUUAUCAGUGUUUCUUCGAGGGACUUUUGAAGAAAAGCUGAAGUUCUGUUUUGAAGUUUACUAUUUGAAUGGUGAUGGUUACAUUUCUCGAGAAGAGAUAUUUGACAUGUUAAAGAACAGUCUACACCAACAGUCAUCUGAAGAAGAGAAUGAUGAAGGAAUAAAAGAGUUGGUAGAUAUAACACUGAAAAAAAUGGAUUAUGACAACGAUGGCAAGAUCUCUUUUGCAGACUUUGAAAAAGCAGUUAGAGAAGAAAGACUUUUGUUGGAGGUAUUUGGACCGUGUUUACCAGAAGCAAAGUUGUGUUGUCCUAGGCAUAAAUCUGUCAACUGCCUCUGAAGAAGUAAUAGCCUUCUGUGCGCCAGGGCAGGCCGAUGAAUUUUUAAACGGUUUCACCCGUAUUUUCUGCAAAGAGUCACUGUGC